UUAAAGAUGCUCCUCCUGACUGUGGUUGUCAGCAUGUACAAAAGCUUCUUUAUCAUAGUGGGGAUGUUCCUUUUGCUGCUGUGUUACGCUUUUGCUGGGGUUGUUCUGUUUGGUACAGUGAAGUACGGAGAGAACAUUAACAGGCAUGCAAAUUUUUCUUCGGCUGGCAAGGCUAUUACUGUAUUGUUCCGAAUUGUCACAGGAGAAGACUGGAACAAGAUUAUGCAUGAUUGUAUGGUAAACAUUCCCUUUGUCAUUAUCACUGCCUCAACUUUUACUCAUGUGCACAUGGCAAUGGUAUCCUUGUCAGCAUAAAGCCUUUGUAUUUAAAAAAUGAAUACCUUGACCAUU